AUGCCUCGCCUGGGGCCAGUCAGUCAGCUCCUGGAUCUAUGCCUUUGGUGCUUCAUGGAGAAUAUUUCCAGAUAUAUCACAGACCUUAAGCCUUUACCUCCCAGCAUAAAAGAUAGACUGAUUAAAAUAAUGAGCUUGCAGGGACAGAUAACAGAUUCAAAUAUAAGUGAGAUUUUACAUCCUGAUGUCCAAGCUCUAGAUCUAUGGAGCUGUGAUAUCUCAGAUGCUGCUCUCCUACACCUGUGUAAAUGCAGAAAACUGAAAAAAUUAAAUAUAAAUUCCUCAGAAGGAGACAGAGUUUCUAUAACGUCAGAAGGAAUAAAAGCUGUGGCUUCAUCUUGUUCCUAUCUCCAUGAAGCUAUUUUGAAAGGAUGCUGCAAUCUCACUGAUGAAGGAGUCCUUGCUCUUGCACUCAAUUGCCGGCUGCUAAGGAUUACUGAUCUAGGUGGAUGCUUAAGUAUUACUGGCGUGUCCUUACACGCAUUGGAGAAAAACUGCCCAUUUUUGCAGAGCAUUGACUUUUCAGCCACUCAGGUAUCUGACAAUGGUGUGGUUGCACUUGUGAGUGGAUUAUGUGCCAAGAAAUUAGAGGAAAUUCAUAUGGCGGAUUGCGUGAAUCUAACUGAUGAGGCUGUAAAAGCUGUUCUUACUUACUGUCCUCAGAUACAUAUAUUACUCUUCCAUGGAUGCCCCCUAAUAACAGAUCUUUCACGAGAAGUCUUGGAUCAAUUAGUUGGGCCAAACAAACUAAAGCAAGUAAUGUGGACUGUGUAUUGAUGCUUAUUGAAGUUUACGAAAGCUAUGAAAGCUUGUCAAAACUACUUUCCCAGGAAAUGGUCUGUAGAUAUUUGCUUUCCACUUAAUUUAACAUUUCGUUGUUGUUGUCAUCUUAUUUAAGCUAUAACUCUCAGAGAAUCAGCUAAAUCUAAGUAUACACAUUUGUGCUUUGAAGUUAACUAGACUUAAACAUUCUGUUAUUAUAUUUGUUGGAUGAGUCAUU